ACGCUGCUGUGGCCGCCGCCGCUGCCCUCUCCUCAGCCAAGCUGCCCAGUCACCAGCCCCUCGAUCCCAGUGCCACAAUGGCAACUGCACCUUACAACUACUCCUACAUCUUUAAAUACAUCAUUAUUGGUGAUAUGGGUGUAGGAAAAUCGUGCUUGCUCCAUCAGUUUACAGAAAAGAAGUUUAUGGCAGAUUGUCCCCACACAAUUGGAGUCGAGUUUGGUACCAGGAUAAUUGAAGUGAGCGGCCAAAAAAUUAAGCUGCAGAUCUGGGACACGGCGGGGCAAGAGAGGUUUAGAGCGGUCACACGGAGCUACUACAGAGGAGCAGCAGGGGCCCUUAUGGUUUAUGAUAUCACUAGAAGAAGUACAUAUAACCAUUUAAGCAGCUGGCUGACAGACGCACGGAAUCUAACUAACCCCAAUACUGUGAUCAUCCUUAUAGGAAAUAAAGCAGACCUGGAAGCCCAGAGAGACGUGACAUACGAGGAAGCCAAGCAGUUUGCUGAAGAGAACGGCUUGCUGUUCCUUGAAGCGAGCGCAAAAACAGGUGAGAACGUGGAAGACGCGUUCCUAGAGGCCGCCAAGAAAAUCUACCAGAAUAUCCAAGACGGGAGCCUGGAUCUGAACGCGGCCGAGUCAGGGGUACAGCACAAGCCUUCAGCUCCACAGGGCGGCCGGCUAACCAACGAACCCCAGCCCCAAAGAGAAGGCUGUGGCUGCUAGUGACCUCGGUUCCUUGGCUCUGUUUGUGACCUUUCACCUCUGUUAAAGAGCAGUGCUUUUUGGGGCUGCUUCCGUUUUUUCCUCCGCACAUCUUACCAGGUUUAAUUAAAACUCCUGAGGCAAAAGAGUUUAACACAGUACUAAACUGCUAAAGAAUAAAAUAAGAGAAAAACUUAGAUGUAAUCAGGUUAUCAAAGGCAAGUAGAGUCAUUCCCUCUCUCCCUGCAUGGUGAAAAUCUAGACGUCUUUAUUCCCCCUUCUCUCCCUUUCCCUUCCCCUCCCCAUAAUUAAUUGUCCUUGUGAAUAGAUGUCACCGAUUCAUGAUUUACAGAACAGAGCUCUGAUGCUGGACCUCCCCCUCCCAUACGACUUUCACACUCUUUCUCUUUCUCCGCAGAGCUUUGUCUCUUGUAAACUUUGUUAGCUUCAGCUUUUUCUCCCAGUCUGUAACUGGUCUGUCCUUUUUAGUAACAAAAAAAAAAAAAAAAGAAAGGAAAAAAAAAAAGAUUUGCUAUGAAAACUAUUUCCAAGGGUAGAAUGGGGUCCUGCGUAGAUUGCUUUCGUUGGGAAACUCUGAUGUGGUG